UUGUUAUUGAUUUUAGUAGAAAAAAGUGAUGAAAAGUAGCAACGGCUCUAUUUUCAUCAUAUCCAAUUCCAACCCUCAUUCUUUGUUCUUCUCACAACACUGAACACAACAGCAUCACAUCAUGGAUAUGGAGAGAGGACCCAGAUACAAUGCAUACGCUAAGUUAAGAGAAACAAAGCUUCGAAUGAACUACCUAAGACAACAACAACAACAACAAAAUGAACAAGAUGAACCAAAAAUUCCAACCCCACCAACAAAACAGGUCAAGUUUCAAGUUGGUUUGGCUUCAGGGAGAAAAGGGUCUUUUCAUUUAGCUCAAUCUGUUCCGGAUUUCACUUCAUUGUUGAGGAAGGAAAAUCGGAAGCCAACGAAUUUGAUACCCCCUACUAUUACUACUACACCUCCAUUAUUGAAGAGUAAGAGUUUCAACAAAGGUUGUGGUGGUGUUUUGUCAAGUUCAAGAGGUAGUACAUCAGUAAAUGCUGGAGAGAAGAAAAGGGUUGCUGCUGGUGGUGGAAUUCUUAUGGCAAGGAAAAGUUAUGCUAACAUUGAUGAACUAAGAAGUUUUUCUUCUGCUACUGCAAAUGCUAUCAAUGGUGAGAUUAGAGGUGGAGGAAGGAAUAGUAGAGUUGUGGGGAACAAAACUGUUUUAAGGAGUAGACAGCUUUGAUUUUUUGUUCAAUUUGUAGCUUUGAAAGGCUUUGGUUUAUUAUUGUUCAUGCCUUCAUUGCUGAUUUGUUUUUCAUAUUUCUGGUUUUAAUUUGCAUUUUUUUUUUUUGGAAGGAAGGAAAAGUGAAUUUGCAGUAGGAUUUAAUGUAAGUGUAAGAAGAAGGAUAGUUUUGAUAUUCUAUUCCUCUUUUUGAUUGGGAAGAACAUUGUUUUUUGUAUUUUGAAAUAAAUAAAUUUGUUUAUUUCUUCAUUGA